AUGUUACACUUGGAUCCUCUGAAAGCAGUUCAAAGGAAUUUCACACCAUGUGGACUCAAUAUUGUAAUUGAAUGGAUGUAUGGGACAAGAAUUGAACUCUCUAUCGAUAAACUGACAGACGCCUUGGCAGCCGCUUUUGCACUAGAAAUCUAUGACAUGGUGGAUGCUAUCGAGCAAGCAGUGUUGACAUGUUCUAAAUGGCUUCAUAGCCGUACAGAAACUUCUCAUCCCUAUUUGCAGGAAUCUGCUGCUGCUAUUGAAGAGAUCUCCACAAUGGCGCCAUUUCUUGCUCUACCAUCACCAAUAUUCAAAAAAAUUGUAAAGAAAGCCAUCAACAGUUUGAAGAGAUCUCAACGUCGACCAUUCGGUGUAAUCAAAUCAAUCGUUUUUUGGGAAGCCGAGAAUUCCAGUAAUAAGGUUGCCGUGUUGCUACUGAAGCAAAUUCCACUUAACGGCCUUUCGAACGUCGAGAUGAACAGGUUGUAUGAGAUGGCACGUGAAUUCGGACUCGAAAAUCUGGCCGAACUGAUUCUCUGUCAAUAUCGAACACUAAACACUUCGAAUGCAGUAGAACGUUUGUUCUAUGAAGAACGGAUUAAUAAGGCUGUCGCAUUUGCCGUCGAACGAAAUUCUGUACGAAUUGCUGCUGGUAAGAAUUCCACAGAAACUAAGCAGCACAAAGGUGAAUCGAAAUUUAAAGGAGCCAAAGGUAUAUCCUGGGAGCCUAGUUCACAAGAUCCACAGGCUCUUCAAAAAGCACUGCAUAACUUGAAUGAACGAAUAAGUUUCGGCAUCGUUCCACUGGACAAGUCUGUAAACGACUUACAUAUUGAGGUUACCUACAAGAAAUCAACAGAUGCUGCUAUGGAAGAAGCCGUCAAGCUGUUCUUCGAUAUUGAAGUAGACUCACCUUAUCCCAAGAAAUGA